UAUAGCUGCGGAGGAGCCUUUUAAAAUAACAAGUGAUGUAUUUCAUAAUGGCAGGAAAGUGACUCAGAUUAAAUUUCUGUUGAUAUCAGCAAACUGAAAGUGUGUAGAAAAAGAGACUCAUCUUUCCAGGAUGGAGGACACUCUUUUUCAAUUGAAGUUUUCAUCCAAGCAAUUGGAGAGGCUCUCGAAAAGAUGCGAAAAAGACCAGAAGACUCAACAACAAAAAGUUAAAAAGGCAAUCCAGCAAAAGAAUAUUGAAGGAGCAAAGAUUUAUGCAGAGAAUGCAAUUAGAAAGAAAAAUGAAUCUUUGAAUUAUCUUCGAUUUGCAUCAAGAGUAGACGCAGUAGCUUCAAGAAUUCAGUCUGCUUUGGCUAUGAAACAGGUAACAAAAGACAUGUCUGGUGUUGUGAAAGGACUUGAUAAAGCCUUGCAGUCAAUGGAUUUGCAAAAGGUCUCAGCAGUUAUGGAGAAAUUUGAAAAACAGUUUGAAGACUUAGAUGUUCACACGCAGGUUUUGGAAGGCUCAAUGGGUAAUGCUGUUACGCUAACAACACCUCAAGAUCAGGUUGAUCAGCUGAUCUUACAAGUGGCAGAAGAAAAUGGUUUGGAAGUUAUGGACCAACUGGCAGAAGUGAAUCCAGCUAGUGGCUCAUUAGCACAAGGUGCUGCCUCAAAAGUGAAGGGAUCAAAAGAGGAUGACCUAGACAGAAGACUAGCAGCAUUGCGGAACUGAUUAUUUUGGGAAUAAAGUGACUUUCUGUAUGAAUGUACAUGUGCAAUUAACAUUUCUUAUCAUUCACAUUAUUAAGCAUUUUAUAUUCAGGUUACAAUGUUCAAAUUUUGGUGUAUAGCUUUAUUCUUGUAUUAAUUGCAUUUAUUUGUUAAAUACAAAAUGUUUUGCAACACAAAAAUAACCAUGAACCAUAAUUGAUUUUAUAAAAUAACUACCCAAAGACAUGACCAAGUCAUGUAUAAAGAUGUUGUGAGAUGCAAUGCACUGAAAUUUAAAAGCCAACUUCCUUCAUGUAUAUAAAGAAUAAAGAUACUUCCAGUGAAUAAAGAUGCAGUAGUACUGAGAUUCAGUUCAUAUGUUUUAGGUUCUGAUGUUCAGUUCACAUGGUUUCAUAGUCAUGGUCAUGGAUUAUAUUAGACAUAAGAAUAUUAUUUGUAUGCCCCAGAUCUUUUAAAGGUUGAAAUGUGAAAAAGUCCAAUGGGUAAGCCCCACAUCCAGUGACGGAUUUAAGAGGGGGCAACUGGGGGCAGUUGCCUCUUCUUCACUGGGUUGAAGCAAGUCUGGUGCUUCUUUUUGGAAAUUUUGUGCCCCUUUUGAAGAAUGAGAAUCAAUGUGAAAUUUUCUGAGACUUAUUGGUUACUUUACUUCAAGGAUUACCUCAAAGUAUACAACAAUCAUGGUGACAAAUUCUUUAGAAAGUGAAUAGAGAGCCUUCUGUCAGUAGUCAGGGUCUGAAAUUGUUGCAUACAGUGUACACACAUCAGCAAUUUCUGAAAGUUGUCAGUGCCCCCACUACCAACUGCCACUCCUUCAAAUUUUCUCUGGAACCCCCCUGUCCAUAUCAACUGUCUUCUUGCUCCACCUUAAGACUUGCUCUGCUUUGUUAGUUGACCUUUUCCUACAUAUUCCAUAUUCCAUAAAAAGGCAAAAUUAUGCAU